GUUGGCUCGCUGGUAGCAAAAUUUUCUUCCGCCACCAGCGACAGAAACACUUUCCGGAGAAGGUUUCGGUUUUGUUAUUUCUCACAACCCCCAUAACGAGGAGUUAAGGGUGCCGAAAGUUCUUGGUGCACCAGUUUUUUAAUCCACAGCUCAGGCGUAGAGUGACUUGGCAAGUCUUGCUGUAUCCGUGGUGCUUUAAAACAGACAGAAACGCAUUGGGGUGCAUUCCAUAUCGUGCACCACGUAGACCAAAUAUAUUGUUUUUUUUUUGCUCGGUCAGUUGCUGUGUGCGUGCGUGUUUUGGGACGGGGUUGGAAUCUGUUCCAGGCGAGCAAGUUGUUGAAGUUUGUCGGGGGUGGCUUAGGUAAACGAAGGGAUGCGUAGUUACGCUAGGUGACCGGAGUAGGAUUGUGUGAGCUGGCACCUUUAGCAAAAAAGAAGCGCACUGACAGCGGCUCCCCAGUCUCAGGUCCGCUUGUGGGCCAAUGUCAAUCGCACCCCGCUGUGGGGUACUCAAUAACCAAGCAAACCCAUCGCAUUCCCGUCCGAAAAGCGAAUCAAUCAACCGGCACACCUGUCUGUAACACGGGAGUGUGUCUCCCACGCACGAAUCAAUCAAACGCGAUACAGUCGUUUCACCAGCACUUUCGAAUCCGCAUCCGAAGCCGGCCACAAUCAGACUGAUCCUUGCUGCUGCCACUGUUCCUUCACGCGACGAAAAGCGCAGCAGGCAAAAUGGCGCUGAAAAUGGUAAAAGGCAACCUGGAGCGGAUGUUUGACAAAAACCUAACCGAUCUGGUGCGCGGCAUACGUAACAACAAAGAUAACGAGGCCAAGUAUAUCGCACAGUGCAUCGAGGAGAUCAAGCAGGAGCUGCGACAGGACAAUGUCAGCGUCAAGAGCAAUGCGGUCGCAAAGCUAACGUAUCUGCAGAUGUGCGGCUACGAUAUCUCAUGGGCCGGCUUUAACAUCAUUGAGGUGAUGAGCUCGAACCGAUUCACCUGCAAGCGGAUUGGCUACCUUGCCGCCAGCCAGUGCUUCCAUCCGGACAGCGAACUGCUGAUGCUAACAACCAACAUGAUCCGGAAGGAUCUGAGCUCCACCAAUCAGUACGAUGCGGGCGUUGCAUUGUCCGGGCUAAGUUGCUUCAUCUCAACCGAUCUGUCCCGAGAUCUGGCCAACGACAUCAUGACACUGAUGAGCUCCACCAAACCGUAUCUGCGCAUGAAGGCGGUGCUGAUGAUGUACAAAGUGUUCCUCCGGUACCCGGAAGCGCUCCGGCCCGCCUUUCCGAAGCUGAAGGAAAAGCUCGAGGAUCCGGACCCGAGCGUGCAGUCCGCGGCGGUAAACGUGAUCUGCGAGCUGGCGCGAAAAAACCCGAAAAACUAUUUAUCACUCGCGCCCAUUUUCUUCAAGCUGAUGACCACAUCGACCAACAACUGGAUGUUGAUCAAAAUUAUCAAACUGUUCGGUGCUUUAACUCCGCUAGAACCCAGAUUAGGCAAAAAGCUAAUUGAACCGUUGACCAAUUUAAUCCAUAGCACGUCGGCAAUGAGCCUGCUGUACGAGUGCAUCAAUACCGUGAUCGCGGUACUGAUAAGCAUCAGCAGCGGAAUGCCGAAUCAUAGCGCUUCCAUACAGCUGUGCGUCCAGAAGCUUCGUAUCCUGAUCGAGGACUCGGACCAGAAUCUGAAAUAUCUCGGCCUGCUAGCAAUGUCCAAGAUCCUGAAGACCCAUCCGAAGAGUGUCCAGACGCACAAGGAUCUAAUACUGGCCUGUUUGGACGAUAAGGACGAAUCGAUACGAUUGCGUGCGCUCGAUCUGCUGUACGGCAUGGUGUCGAAAAAGAACUUAAUGGAAAUCGUCCGUCGACUGCUCGGACACAUGGAACGUGCCGAAGGGUCCUCGUAUCGGGACGAGCUGCUGUACAAGGUGAUCGAGAUAUGCUCGCAGGGUUCGUACCAGUACGUCACCAACUUUGAAUGGUACCUAACCGUGCUGGUUGAGCUGAUUCUGCUCGAAUCAGGCUCGCGGCACGGCCGUCUUAUUGCCGCCCAGCUGCUAGACGUGGCGAUACGCGUACAGGCAGUGCGUACGUUCGCGGUGAACGAGAUGGCAACACUACUGGAGACUUACCCCGUUACUGCGGCACCGAACGGAACGAUGCAGGAGGUACUGUAUGCGGCCGCCUGGAUUGUGGGCGAGUUCGCCACCCAUCUGGAUGGGCCGGAGCGUACUUUAGGGGUGCUGUUGCAACCGAAACCGGUCGCCGGCCACAUCCAGGCGGUGUACGUGCAGAAUGCACUGAAACUGUUUGCCCAUCUGGUCGGCGAAGCUGUACGUCACCGGGAUGCGGCCGCAAUCGAUUCGUACUGCCAGAAGUUACACGAAGGUCUGCGCAGUUAUCUCAGUUCAGCCGACAUCGAGGUGCAGGAGCGUGCCAGUUCCGUGUACUUUUUGGUUGCGAUGCUGCGGGAGUCGCUCGGUGCGGCUGAACCAACAGUACCGCUAGGUGGGUUACUUGAGCUAGCGCCGGAUACACUCGCAAAUUCGAACGAGGGCGAAGAAGAUAUAACAUACGGGACGACGAAUACUACCUCAGGCUAUGCCACGGCCGCAUGGGACGAGAUCGAGCAGAUCGCGUCCGAUCUCCAGGGGUUGUUUGCCAGCGAGCUGAACCCGGUCGCACCAAAAGCCCAGCGCAAGGUGCAACUGCCGGAGGAGCUCGAUCUCGACGAAUGGAUCAACCAACCGCCCGAAUCGGCGGACGCCAGCAGUGCGGACGGUGGUACGAGCGAUGACGACAAAUUCCCACUGUUCCUGACGGACGGUGCGGGUCGGGGUGGUGCUGGGGGUGAACGUGAAACAAAUGGUGGUGGUGGAUCACGUUCCUAUAAGCGCAUAGAAUAUACACAGGAAGAGCUUGAUAAGAUGAGACAAGCACGACUGCUGGAACAAACAAACAAUCCCAACUAUCUGAAACCGGCCAAAAAGAAGACCGACUACCAGCACGACGCUUACGAAGAUAUACCGAUCGCUGAAAUUGCACUCGAAGUGCCUCUCCAAAUACAUUCCACUAAACGUUCGGAUAAAUAUCUCAUGGAUACGGAUCGUUCAUCGCGCGUGUUCGUCAAGGGUGGAGGAUCGUCACGCAAGGGCAAGGGCGAAAAGACUGGAUCGGGCAAAAAAUCGAAGCGACAUGGCAAGAAAAACAAACGCUACUCGGACGAGUCCGAUUCGGAAAGCGAUGAUCCCAAACCGUUGCACGUCGUGAACACAGUAAUCGAGCUGCCGGAAGGUGCAAUACUGUCCGACACAGAGGAUAAAAACAACGCCGACCCGAACGAUCCGCACCGGGCGCUCGACAUCGAUUUGGAUGCCCCGUUCGAUGACGAGUACCCAGCGGAAAUGAAGCGAAAAUCGGCCAAUAACAGCAAACAUCACGACGUUAUGUUGUUACGGGAUGGAGACGGUAAUACCAACGCCAAAGCCACUCGCGCCGACCCAACUGAACCGAGCGGGGAGCAAUUGACUGUGCCACGGUCCGGUGGUAACCGUUCGUCGUCGAAGCACGCGAAACCGACCGUAAACGAAUCUGAACACCGGGAAAAGCAAAAGAAAAAGAAGAAAUCAAACGACAAGGAGCGUGUCGCCUCAAUGUCGUCAGGUGUGAAAAAGGCGGCGAGCGAAAAUGCGGACACAAUGAUGCUGAUGAUCGAUGAGGAACCAAGCAGAGACGGUGCGGCUAAAGGUGCGAAGGGACGGACGAAACGGGAGAACAAGGACAAGGUGGCCAGACAGGAGGAAAAGGAGGAGGAGGAGGAGGAGGAGGAUGCCAAAGGCAAGAAGAAGAAGCACAGCAAAAAAUCAUCGAAACACCACCAUCAUCAUCAUAGCAAGCGGGACGCGGAUCGACCGAAGGCGGGCUAUGAGGAGAUGCUGGCGCAACCGGGCGGCAACGGUAGUAAGGACGCAAUUUAAUAGUUUUAAAUUUUUACUACGUGCAACCGUACUGAAGAUGGGUGAAUUUCGUUUCGAAGAGAUCCCACAGAAAGAAAGGGAGAGAGAGAGAAAGCAAAAAAGGAAAAUGUUACAGUUAUAUCCUUUAUGUUGCGUUUACCCAAUGUGUGUGUUUGUUUUCGCAUUGUUUACGACACACACAUACGCACACACAAAACAAAACAGCAUCUCCCGUUACCGUAUCGUAAUAUUGUAUCUAUAUGAAUGAGCCACACAAGGAACAAAAUCCCUUUCUUUGUACGAGAAUCGUACAGGAAUCGGCGGGAUCGAACGAUCAAAAUACUCGCUACACCAUCAACGUUCCCAAGGAUUCUUAUUAGUUUGCAUCAUGGCCUGGUAUUGAGCGAUUCGCACGGUAUAGAGAUGUGAAAGUUAGGAUUAUAGAUUUGUCCAAGUGUCUAAUUAUGGUAAGGAAUGGAAAGAGCAAUUUAUUAUUCCGCCGAAACGCGUUCCUGGUAAAGACAGUAUAUAAAAGGAAAAAUCCCUCCCCAGUUAGCAAAUGUGGUCGUUUGUGGUCCUAUCGUCUCAUAAUUAAUAUGUUAAUACAAUAUAAUUACUAUUAUUAUUGCCAUUAUGAGAUCUGUAUUACUAAUUAACAUAAACAAAAUAUUCCUUCCAA